GCCGUGCGAACGUAUACAGACAGUGUCUGGUCGACGAGUAGACUUAAGAGAAAAGUUGAAUUUAGUAGAUUUAAUUUUCUAUUUUGUUACAAGAAACGUAUUUUUUUUUCUUUUGAACUUAAGUCUAUCCGUGAUAUUUCAGAAGGAGUUGUGCUAAAAAUACAGUGCAUCGAUACAGAGCAGAUAAUCAUGCUCUGGUGAUUGCUGGUUUUGAUUGCCGAAUGAAGAAGAUAUGAUACCAGUGUAACAGCAAUCACAAAUCCAAAUCCGCAAGCAUCAAUGAUGAGAGCCUCCAACGAGUGAAAAAUAAAUGUUCUGAAAGCUUUUCUGAUGCAGGGAUUGCUACCGGUUGAGAAGUGAUGAUUUUGGUGUUUGCUCGCAGCAUCUUGUGAAAUCGGAAUAUCUGUGAAGUGAAUACGAGUUGCAAGCAUAAAGUGUGAGGAAAAAAAGUAUUAAAUAAAGUGCUACAAACAUGACCUGUAAUUACUUGUACGUGAUCGAUAUGGAAGCAAACAAAGGAUAUGGUUUAUACAAUGUGUAACAGAAAAAAGAAUUGUAAAAAAAGAUUGAAUUUGUUCGUGCUUCUGUUCAACGACCGUGCAUCAAUGUCCGGGAGUGCAAUGUGAAUUUUAAGGUUAUUAUGUUUGAGUUCGAUUCGUGUUCAAUCUCUUUAUGCUAAACAAUAUCUAUUAGGCAGACUUGUAGUGGGGUGGGUCAUAGAAUUUUUUUUUUCAUAACUGUCAGGAAAAGAAGGCAAAGUAAAUGUUUGGCAUCCCAGUGUAAGCGGGAUCAAUUCGCCAUGCUCCGUGGGGGCCAGGAAUGUACGUAAUAUUUCCGGCUGAUGAAUUAAUCUUGUUAACAUACGGAAUCGCGGUACCGAGAGUACAACCACGACCAACUCUGGACAACCUGCGAGAGCCACUUGUCCCCAUCGGCAAUAGGCCUUCUUCCGCCACCAUCCUGUCCCCCAAACAGAUAAAUGAACCCCGUCGGGUCCAAGGACAACCCCGCACGUCCUCCUCCGCACCUCGUACCCCACCGACACUUGCACCCAGAGACAGAAGCCCAGAGCCUAGUGUCAAUUUUUCACCGGACGAUAGGAUUUACGAUUACGACGAUACCACGCCAUUAUACGAUACCGAUACGACCGUAAACUAUGUGAGCAGGGGUCUUAGUGCCAGUAUCCCCUUCAACUCCUCGUCCACAACUUUACCAGCGGUCCCCAGAUCAAACACUACCUCAGUUGCGAAAGGGAAAGAAAAGCCCAAGUCCAAGCUUCAUCUAAAGCUAGGACGAUUGCGACCACAUUCCUCCGUUGAGCCAAGUGAGUCUGCUCGAAUUCGAGAAGAUUUGCAUAUACACGUCUCAAAUCCAGUGUUUACCCGUGAAAACCUUCGUCAGCGUAACUUCGAUGCCUUCUUCGAGUCUGGCGAAACGGUAUAUUCUCUAGAGAAGAAAGAAAAGCCACUCCCUUCUGAUUCUACUGAACUCACUUCAUGGAAUACCAGUGAAUAUCCUACCAUCCAGCAGCGUUCAAUUUCCGUUGGGUUCUUUCGAAAAGCCAAAUCACCGAUCGUUAACCGUGCCAAGAGUGCUGAGCUAGAACUUGAAGAGUCCCAGAAAGAGUCAUCAAAGUCCCAUCGUAGUAUAUUUAGUAGCAAACGAGGAGGGACGACACCGAGCAUCGAUCCGGUGUCGCAGCUGCCUCUUGGGGGAAGCAUGUCUUCCUCCGGAGGGGUUCUUAAGGAUUUAGGUCAUCCUGGCCUAAACGAGGCACUCAAAUCCCACAACAGUGUUACCUUCAAACUUGUUAAAACGGUUUCAGACUUCACAGAAAACUUAGCACAACUUUACGAGCAGCAUGCCGAAGCACUGCAAGCUCUGGUUUCAGGCUAUAGGAAACGAAACGGUGAACUACGGAAAGAAAGACCUGCUUGCCAGUCGAACCUAUUCCAUGCUUGGGAAACUUUUUUGCAAGAAAUCGAAGCUGACUCCCAGGCAACCAUCGAUGUCGCCAGUUCCCUUUCCAGACAGGUUGCUCGACCACUGUUGGAGCGUUCAUUCUACCGAAAGGUCCAAAGUAGAAAAGUAUUCACCCAUAGGGAAUCAUUUGAUACAAUCAUUUCGAAGACUGAAGAGAAAUUAUCAAAGUGCCGAAUCGAAUACAAGCAGUGCUAUAUUGCUCAUCGUCAGAAUCCAACGCAACUUACCCUGACGCAAUACAUCGACUCCCACAAUGCAUAUGUGCAGCAGCUGCACGCCACCAAUGCCAUGCUGGAGGCGUACCAUUGCGAGACUCUGCCCCAGCUGAUGCAGGAACUUGAAGAAAUUUACAAUGACCUGUGCAACAUCGUAGCGGAAGCAGUACUACAAGGUGCAGAGGCAAUUGCAGCCAAAGCCCUCGAACAAGCGAGACGAUAUGACAGCCUUGCGAACCAAUGCAAAAGUGUGUCACCAUCGCAGGAUUUGGGAUAUUUUGUUCGUAGCCUACCAGUCCCAUCCAAUGCCCAGCGGAUCCCCAAGAAAUCAUUCGCGCCACCACAAUCAGGAGCCCAAAGUGAUGGAGAAGAACUUCAGGAAUAUGGUGGUGGAAUGCAGGAAACUACGGGCUCUGUGCUCAGGAAUGAACUCGUGGUUGACAAAGGAGCGUCGAUUCAAGUGCGACCUUCACUGGAAGCACUAAAACGAGAAUCGCAGGAAUUGGAAAUUCAAAUCAAACAGUUACAAGAUUCUGUAGACGCUUUAGUUCGAUCGCAAAUAAGAGGAAUAGAAAGUCAGCUGUAUAACAAAGCUAAUGAAAUCCAGGAGGAUGUCUCUAUGAAGAAGUUCGAUCUACGAGCAAAACAAAUACAUCUUGCAGCUGUCAGAGCACAGAAAGAGUUGUUUUUGGGUAGAAUAGAUCCUGGUUCACCUCGCGGUGAACGUAAAAUGUCUUCUUCUAGUUCUUCCUCAAUGAAGACUAAGUGGUUAAAAGCGUUCAGAAGUCUGAAACCAGCCGGUUCAGCAAACGAUAGUCAAACAAAUAGUACACCUAAAACAAACCAAAUGUACCACGCAGUAUCAACGGUAUUAACCUUGAGGAAGAGCGGAAAUGGUGCUCAGAUACGGUUCGACGGAUCGGAUAACCAUAAUCUGCAGGAGUAUACGUAUAAGAAGAUAACACCGUGUGAUGUUUGUUCGCAAGUUUUAAGAGGUCACACACGGCAAGGUCUUCGCUGCAGGAUAUGCAAGGUAAACGUACACGCCGACUGUGCAUCACAGCUGCCAAAAUGCCAAGUCAAGCAGAAGUUGCUCCGGCGCCAGAAGAGUACUUCCGAAAUCGAGAACCGCACCGAAGUGGAGGAAGAAAAACCGGCCGACAUCGAUCAGAUCUAUCAAGUCUUGAAAAAGGCUAAUGAAAUUUCCAGCGGCAAAGCUGCCGAAUCAAAAGCUCAAACCAACAUUUCAACUAGUGAUGCCAAUGCGAUGACUGGUGCUAGCAAUCCACAGCUAGAAAUACCUGUAGUCAAUGUGCCUGAUUAUCCAGAUCGAACACCUAGGAGGGGACCAGUCAAAUCUCAGGGGCCAAAUUACCAACAGCAAAAACAGGGACUUUCGGCGCCGACCACGACCGACGUGUCCAGCUCAGCCGAGGAAGACGACACUAUCCUUUCGUCUCGUGCGUUUGGGCAGCCUCUCUGCUUCGUAGCAGAGGAACCACAGCCGGAAGAACCCGUUUCGAACAAGAAAGGAGCACGACGCAAGAAAUGAUAAAGUUUCCAUGGUUGGAGAUAGAAAAAUAAGAAAACAUCUCCAAUCUCACCCGAUUCUUCCUUUGUUAUUAUGUUUUAUUUCCGUUAGGUGUAAUUUUGUUUAUAUUUUUGUUUUCAGUUUAAAUUUCCAGUAUGGGCGUAUUUUCGUCCAUCAAUUAUUACGAUUACGAUUACGAUUUCAAUAAUGUUGUACAGUUAAAUUAUUUAUCGACAGCGUGAUAAAAGCACACAAUCAGCACGGUACGGUUUUUUUUUAUCAACAUGCAAUUCAUGCAACGAGAGCAAGAGUAAAAAUAGAAAAGAAUAUUUGAAUUAGGAAAGUUUAUUAAAUAUCGAGCUGCCAUUUAACGAGUAACAAGACGAUAAUCGAUACGUACGUAAGUCAUGAUAUUUCGAUAGAUAAUAUUUAUUGGGAAUCCAAUAGCCUAAAUCCGAUUAAGACAGGUAUGUUCCAUCAACAUAAUUUAAGAAAAUCGUGUUAGCUGAGGAAAUGUAGAAAAACACUCAAUGUUCCGUUGUAUGGGUAUUUUUAUGUGCAGGGUACAUGGGGUGAAAUGCACCUUCGGUACAAGAUGACCUUUUGCCAAAUUUAAAUACAUUUCCAAAACAUUCGCGGAUUUAUCUAGCAGUUCAAUGCUGAUUCACAGAUAUUCGUAAAAGAAGUAAAAAACGUAUUUUAAAUGCCAAAACGCCAUCUUUCUCCGGGGGAGUGUUUUACCCCAGAUAUUAAGAUUUUUUUCACAUCUCCAAAUCUUGAUUAUUAUUUAUUUAAUUUGGAAUAUUUUUUCACGAUUAUGCAUCUUUAACCGUUAUGCGCUUGAAGAGGUAUCGGGGUAUCCAGCGCCUGUAUUCACAACAAUAAUAUCAGCAGCGUCCGCACUUCUAUGGGGAUUUUCUCUUUGCAUCGCACAAAAAUUUAGGGUUUGUGUGUUAAAAUGUAUUUGCUGCUGACUGUUCCAUGCAUUCCAAUCAAUAAAAUUGUCAACAACUAUUAUUAAAACGAUUUCACACCAGUCUAAGCUUUUCAAGUGUGUUUGAUCAUUUUCGGCAUUCUGACUGUAAAGCAAGACCAUGCUGGAAGUGGCUGGGUUCAAUUCCCGGUUCAGUCUAGGAUUUUUCUUGGAGGAAAAUUUCUCGAAUGCCCUGGGCAUAGAGUAUGAUUGUACUUGCCACACAAUAUAUACCAAUGUACAGGCUUAGAAAUUUCUCAAUUAACAACUGUAGAAAUGCUCAAUGUUUCAUUUCAAUAAUAAGCUAGACACAGUAUAUAUGAAAGAAAACUUUAUAAAAAAAAUAGUAUCGCUGGAAUACCUACCUAACGAAAGCAUAAACUGUUACCAUUCAUAUAAAACUAGUGUCGAAAGGUUCUAGAACGAUUUUUUUUUUUGUAAAUGUAACCUAUUUUAGUCGAAAUACGUAUAUGUCAUGGAUACAAAUCGAACAUAUUGAAAUUAAAUGGUUAAGACUAGUUCUUUUUCCUUUUUAUCAUUUUAAUAAUAUUCAGUGAAAUCCAUACAUAUAUAUUGCAGUGAAAUGGUGUGAAAAGACAGCGUAAUUGUAUUUCAAAGCCAAAUGAAUUUCAAUGCUAAGAAUGUUGAAUGAACUUAAAUUUUCUUUCAGUUCAAGAUCUCAAAUUAGUUCAAGUAGACACUUUAUAAAAGAAUAGCUUACGGAUUAAUGCAGUUUAAUAGAAACAUUGAAACAAUUUAUAGGUAAACUCCACCUCAUUCAACUCUAGUUCAUGGAAAAUAUUGGUACACUAUUAAAACCCAGGAAAAAAUGCAUUUUAUGGUGAAGUCUGCCAAGAGCUGUCGAAGGGUUCAAAUUAGGACAUUACAUGUAAAUUUACAUUUUUGGGAUAAAUACCUUGAAUUCUUAUGUUUAAAAUGAAUUUCUUCUAAACGGUCCAUCAAGGGAUGUAAACAAUUCUGUAAUGGACCCGGGUAAUCCAUAAAAGGUUAAUGGUGGCUUAAAAUUGUAAUGCAGAUUUUUCUGGGUAAAAUCAAGUAAAUUACCUAUUUUAUAUAACAGUCAUACAAAGCAAAGGAUAAACGUGUACCUUAUUCAAAAAAAUUCAUUCUGAAACAUAAAUUAAAUGGUAAUGAAUUCAGCGUAAAUAGUUAAAACAACUACUAUGGGAUCCAUAAUAGGCAAAUUUACCCUAUAUUGUCAAACAACGCCUAGUGGAAUUAUAUAUAUAUUUUUUUUUUACUCAGAAAAGACAUUGAACUUCGACUCAAAAUCAACCAAAUAUUCAGGAACUUGGAAAAAGUCGUUGUCAUCUUGUAGUUUGCCAAACAUACUUGAUCUAACAAAUCAUUAAAAAUUCUGGAAAAUAUAAUAUACCAGUGAAUCAGAAGGGCAUUCACUUUACCCUGACCCCAUUCUGCCAGGCCUUUUGUUGUUACUACGCCAAAGUCACUUCUAAUGUUAUAUGUACUUGUCGGUAGCUCAAAAUUAGCACACAUGGCGUAAAUAUUUAUGAGUGACUGCCUAAAAGUUCAAAAAGAUGUGACUACUUUGAUUUGAUAUCGAUAUUUAUGUUAAAUAUCAAUUUUCAAAUUAAAUUUUCCUGGACUGAAUAGGAAAUCUUUUUUUUUUUUUGCAACAACAAUAAAAUUUGAUUUUUCAUAAUUUCCGAAUAAUCUUCUCAAAAUUCUCAAAGCAACAAAAACCAGCAAUCGAACAUUGAGUGACUAUGGAUAGGAAUAGAAAAGUGAAGCCUGAUUAACGGAUCAAAAGCAAGUCGAGUUUUGAUCAUCACUUUGAUGCCAACCUCGAAAGCCAACCUAAGACAACACCAUCACAGGAUUAAUCCCGUGUUUCCAAAAAGAUGAAGGAACAUACCUAGCAUAAGCAAAAAUUCGCACUCGUAAUCGCGAUAUAAAAAGAGUUACUUGAGCGUCCGAUUAAUAAUAUCCUUCAGACUGUGAUAACUAAUUUACGAGAGCUUAUUGGAUCAACGAAAGGUUGGAAAUCACUUUGACAAAGUGAUGUGCUUUAAGAAAAGUUGUUCCGAAAAAUAAAUCGAAAGAAAAUAAAGUGUUAUGCUAACGUUAUCCAA